AUGGAAUCUACAGAUGCCUCCAGGAGCGGUGGGGCCAGCCCGGAAGCCAGGGGUGCCUGCAGCUUGCUGGGCCCCAAAGGCAGCCUGGAGACUGGGGCCAAGGCCGAAGGCAAAGAGGCCAGGAUCACCAACGGCCAUGGCAGGGAAGCGGCCGAGGGCAAGAGCCUAGGUGGCUCCCUGAAGCCAGGCGAGGGAAAGGGCUCCCUGUUCUUGGGCAACAGGGGGCGGGGCGCCAUCAUCCAGUUUGUUGAGUCUGUGGAUGACAAGGGCUCCAACUACUUCAGCAUGGACUCUGGAGAAGGCAAGAUGUCCCCCUACGCCAGGCUCCAGCUGGGGGCCACCAAGAAGCCACCUGUCACCUUUGCUGAGAAGGGGGAGCCGCGCAGGCCCAUCUUCUCGGAGCCCCGCAAGCCCACGGUGGCCGUCAUGGAGCCCGGGGACCUCCAGCGGAACAUCUCCCCCCGGGCCGCCUCGAGCACCCUCCUGCACUCCAAGUUGGGCUCCGAGGAGGUCCUGUGCGACUCGUGCAUCGGCAACAAGCAGAAGGCCGUCAAGUCCUGCCUGGUGUGCCAGGCCUCCUUCUGCGAGCUGCACCUCAAGCCCCACCUGGAGGGCGCCGCCUUCCGUGACCACCAGCUGCUCGAGCCCAUCCGGGACUUCGAGGCCCGCAAGUGCCCCCUGCAUGGCAAGACCAUGGAACUCUUCUGCCAGACGGACCAGACCUGCAUCUGCUACCUCUGCAUGUUCCAGGAGCACAAGAACCACAGCACUGUGACCGUGGAAGAGGCCAAAGCCGAGAAGGAGACAGAGCUGUCACUGCAAAAGGAGCAGCUGCAGCUCAAGAUCAUCGAGAUCGAAGAUGAAGCUGAUAAGUGGCAGAAGGAGAAGGACCGCAUCAAGAGCUUCACCACCAAUGAGAAGGCCGCCCUGGAGCAGAACUUCCGAGACCUGAUGCAGGACCUGGAGAAGCAAAAGGAGGAAGUGAAGGCUGCCCUGGAGCAGCGGGAGCAGGACGCUGCAGACCAAGUGGAGGUGAUCGUAGAUGCUCUGGAUGAGAGGGCCAAGGUGCUGCAGGACGACAAGCAGACCAGGGAGCAGCUCCACAACAUCAGCGACUCGGUGCUGUUUCUGCAGGAAUUUGGUGCCUUGAUGAGCAGUUACUCCCUCCCCCCGCCCCUGCCCACCUACCAUGUUCUAUUGGAGGGGGAGGGCCUGGGGCAGUCGCUGAACAACUUCAAGGACGACCUGCUUAAUGUAUGCAUGCGUCACGUUGAGAAGAUGUGCAAGGGGGACCUGAGCCAUAACUUCAUCGAGAGGAACCACAUGGAGAAUGGGGGUGACCAGCGCUACGUGAACAGCUACAGUAACAGCUACACCAGCAACUGGGGUGCUCCAGACACCGUGAAGAAGUACUCCAUGUACCUCGCAUCCAAGGGUGGGUCGAGGACGUCGUACCAGCCGGUGUCCCCCAGCCGCCUCUCCAAGGACAAGACCUUCAACAACCUGUAUGGUACCAAAGGUAACUACACCUCCCGGGCCUGGGAAUACUCCUCCCCCGUCCAGAGCUCCGAUGACCUCCCUGCUGUGCAAGGCAGCUCUUCCUUCUCCCUGAAAGGCUAUCCUUCCCUCCUCAGGAGCCAGAGCCCCAAGGCCCAGCCCCAGACUUGGAAAUCCAGCAAGCAGAAUUAUCUGUCACAGUACCGGCCCUUCUGCGUCAACAAAGGCAACGAGAUCAGGCCCAGCGAGGCCCCGUGA